UGUAAAGUGUAUAACCCAACUGGCUCCAAAGCUUUGUUCUUUCUACUCUCCAAGAGAGAACGUGACCUCUGCUGAGUUUUAAGAAGAAUGAUGUUUGGGAAAGAAUUUAAGGAUCAAAUGGUGCCUGAGUGGAUUGAAGCUUAUAUGGACUAUGUUGGGCUCAAAUGCCUCUUGAAACAGAUCAUUCGCCUCAAUCUAAGUAUUCAACCUCACCACAAUACUCAGAGGAAAGUUGAUAUUGAGAAUCAAGAAAGCGCAAGCCAACACAAACAAUAUUCCACAAAUAGAAAGUUCUGUAUACCAGCAGAACUAAGAGAAGAUGAGAAAUCGUUUUUGCAAAAACUGGAUAAUGAGCUUGGAAAGGUCAAUAGCUUUUACAAAGACAAAGUGGAACAGGCAAAGGGAGAAGCAGCUGCAUUGGCCGAACAAAUGGAUGCUUUGGUUGCUCUCCGUAAGAAGGUGAAACAAUCAGAUACUGCAGCAUCCUCAAAGGUGACUUCUCCAAGCAGGGCUUCAAGUGUAGAGAAAGGCCAACAGAAAGAAACGGACAUGCCUUGUGAGAACAACAUAAAACCAGCUUCUUCGAGCAAUAAUGAAGAGCCUUCAUUAAAAGAACAUGGACGAACUCCCUCAGACGUUCUUGAAUGUGUCAAAAUUCAAAAUACAUCUGAUGGUCCAAAAUCGUCGGUAGAAAAACUGUUACUUGGUACCACAGAGAAAGAGUGUAGCUUCAGUCAAGAGGAACUAAAGGAGGUUCAAGAAAAGUUGAAAAAGGCCUUUGUUGAGUUCUAUCAGAAACUUCGCAGCCUAAAUCAGUACAGUUUUAUAAAUCUCUCGGCAUUUUCUAAGAUCCUGAAAAAUAUGAAAAGGUCAGACACUCAUCAGAUUACUUCCAGAAAAGCAAUGAGAUCUUACAUGAAUGUCGUUGAUAACUCCUAUAUUGGAAGUUCUGAUGAGGUUACUCGUCUUCUGAACAAGGUGGAAGCAACAUUUGUCAAGCACUUUUCCAAUUUUAAGCAGGGGGAUGGCAUCAAAUUAUUAAGGCCAAAAAGGAAAAGAGAGAACCACCGCGUACGAUUUCUUUCAGGAUUCUUCUUUGGAUUCUCAAUUGCUCUAAUUAUCGCGGUUGCUUUAGUCAUGCAAACAAGAAAGUUACUGGACAAGAAGGAGGCCACCUUAUACUUGGAUAGCAUUUUUCCACUUUACAAUUUCUACGGUUACAUUAUCUUACAUAUGCUUCUUGUUGCUGCAAAUAUAUACUUGUGGAGGCGCUAUAGAAUCAACUACUCGUUUAUACUUGGAUUCCAGCCAGGAACCGAAUUAGACCACAGAGAAGUUUUCGUUUUAGCCUCUGGUCUUACAGUUGUUGUACUCACUACUUUUCUGGUACACCUGCAUAUCAGGAUGGACUCGACAAUCCAAGAUCACGAGACAUAUGUUGAACUCCUUCCUUUGGGCUUACUCAUUGGUUUAGUUCUCAUAUGUCUGUGUCCUUUUAACAUCAUCUAUCGUUCAAGCCGUUUCUUCCUUAUUCGAAGUCUGUUCCGUUGUAUUUGUGCUCCUUUCUACAAGGUCAAAAUGGUUGAUUUUUUCUUGGCAGAUCAGCUAACAAGCCAGACACAAGCCAUAAGAAGUUUUGUAUACUACAUUUGUUAUUAUGGUUGGGGAAAAGCAUUGUCGCCAGGACGAAAAAUGUGCCACGUUAGUGAUGUCUACGUUAUCUUCUAUUACAUUUCAGCUGCCAUACCUUUUUGGAUUCGCUUCCUCCAGUGUAUGCGACGAUUAAUAGAAGAGAAAGACAUGAAGCAUGGAUUCAACGGUUUCACCUAUUUCUCAAUGCUUCUGUCAGUUGUCUUUCAGUCAACAUUCAGACUACGGAAAAAAAUGACUUGGAAAGUAUGGGCUUUGGCUAGCUCGGUUGUUGCAGCUCUGGCAAACAUAUGUUGGGAUAUCAGGAUGGACUGGGGUCUUCUUCAAAGAAAUUCAAGAAAUUUUCUUCUGAGAGACAAGCUCUUACUUCCACAUAGAAGUGCAUAUUAUAUAGCUAUGAUUCUUGAAGUUCUCCUCAGAUUUGUAUGGCUGCAACUAGUAUUGAGUUUCGACAUGCGCCCACUACGUGGAAAAGCCAUAACAAGCACAUUUGCCUGCUUGGAGAUUCUUCGUCGUAGCAUUUGGAACGUCUUUAGAUUGGAGAAUGAGCACCUAAACAAUGUUGGUGAGUACCGAGCAUUCAAGUCACUCCCACUGCCCUUUAUUACAUAUGACGAGAAGGUUGACAAGCAUGAGUAGAAUGACUCUUUAAGUCUUCUUAACAUAUGUUCUGUUUCAUCAAAAGAUGAAUGUGUAAUAGAUCACCGUACCCUUUUCUAUUAGAUAGGGUGGCAAUGCAUACAUUUUCAAGUACUGUUAUGUGCACGUUAACUGGAUCCUGCAAUAUAUUUAGUACCACAACACUCAUCUCCUUCAGAAAUGGAGAGAUAUAUA